GGGGUUGCACACAGUUUCUCGCCAACCGUUAGGAAAGAGCUUCUGGUUUCAGGGGAAGGGGACUUCAGAGACACUUGCCUUGCACAAGUCCUUCUGCUUGGAUGCCUCCGGUGGCCUUUGGAAAGGAGAUGAGCAUGCAGGAAAGCGUCCGCUAAUGGAAAAUGACACAUCUGGAGGGGAAAGAGGCCCUGGUGAGGCACCUACGGGCAAAGCUGCAAGGGAAUAGGAAAGACCCUCCCGAAGCAGGUGGCUGGUUGGAGAGUCGCUCUGCAGCAUCCCCUGCAACGGAGCCGGGACAGACCCCUGCGUGGGGCUCCAAGGGAAAGCCACCUCCUGAGCCCCCCCGGACCAGGAGGGUGGACUUCAGCAGGGCUUCUCCGACUCACGGUGAAGGUCAGAGUGUGGGACAGCAUUCGCCGCCUAAGCCCAUCAGUGAGACCCCAGGAUGGAUGGUGCGACUGAAGAAGGGGACCACUCAAGAUGCCGGCUUCCCCUCAGCCCCUGCAAAGCCAGAAGGAGGAGACACAUUGAACAAGGAAGUGGAAGCUGCCUCCGAUCCCCCCCAGAGAAACCCAACCCAGCAGACAUGGCCACUUGCCAGAGACAAGGGUUCUCCACCUGUUCCUGCCAAAGGCCCGGCUGUUGCAGCCUCCCUGGAGGCUGCGGGAAGGCCCCAUGGGACGGGGCACCCAGUUGUGCCUCGGAGGAAGCCUUUGCCACACGUGAAGGUGCUGGGAGCGAGGCCGGCCAAGCCCAGGCGCCCUCCUGUCGUGGAUCUGGAGAAGUUUGGCAUGGCUGCACAUCCUGCAACACCCGUCCGCCCUGCCAUGGAGCCGCUAAGGAGCACUCAGCCGGGUAUGACCAGGCACCUACAAGUCCCCCAAAGAAGGAUGCAGCUCAUUCAGAAAGGAAAAUGUCCCCAGUCACAGUCUGGAGCUUCUGGGAGAUGUCACCUGAAACCAGGCAACGUUGCAUCAGCGCCAGCGCGGUUCCCACCACAGGAUGCUCCUACUGUAACAGGGAAUGAAGAUGAGAUAUACGAUGAUGUAGAGCCUGUUGGGAUGCCCAGGAAAGGCCAAGGCUUCCUGCCGCCCCCCGUGUCCCGGCCGCCACUGUAUCCUCGCCCCAGAGGAGGUGAAGAUGCCAAUCGAGCCUCUAACAGGGUUGCUUUGCUGGCAGCUGCACAGAGAGAAGCCCAGGUCUCCCGGAAGACAAAGCCAAUGACACUCAAAGAAUGCAAGAAGGAAGAGAAGGCAGACAGAGAGUUUCAGAAGAAAUUCAAGUUCGAAGGAAGCAUCAAUGUCCUCACCCAGAUGAUGGUUGACCCCGCAACGACGGAGAAGAGGGGUGGAGGGAAGAACCUGCCGCUGAGACGAGGAGAAAUUCUUGAUGUCAUUCAGUUUACAAAUCAGGAGCAGAUCCUCUGCCGAAACAGCCAGAGGAGGUAUGGCUAUGUGCCCCGGGCCGUGAUGCUACACCUGGACACUGACAUCUACGAUGACGUUGAGAUGUGCGGUUGAGCGAUCUGUGCACAAGAGAGCACCAACAGAGACCUUCCCGAGGGCUGGAACAUGAAAAGCACUAUAUCCAGGCUCCUGCUUUGGAAGGAGCUCUGCUUCCUCUGAGAUAACCUGCGAAAGCCACCAUGUCCCUGCUGGAAGAGCAGCGAGGCUGCGGGGCAGCAGGAUUCCUGUCCCACGGGGGCAAGGGGUUCAAAGAGAUCCUCAAGGGGUUCAAAGAGA